UUUAUCUAUUUAAAUUCCUCCCUAAUAGUUGCCCUAGUUCUAUUAAUUAAGAAAUUGGAUAGAGGCGUCCGUAUUUGCGUUAAUUAUAGAGGGUUAAAUAAUACUAUUAUUAAAAAUGAGUAUCCUAUCCUCUUUAUUAAAAGAUUAUUAACGCUCUCUAAAAAGUAA